AUGGUCAAUAACAGCUGGACCAGUGUAUCCCAUUUUGUUCUCUUGGGCAUAUCUACCCACCUGGAAGAGCAGAUCCCACUCUUUCUUCUUUUUCUACUGAUGUAUGCAAUCAACAUUUUUGGGAACUUUGCCAUCAUCACAUUGAUUAUCUCUACUCCACGUCUCCACACCCCCAUGUACAUCUUCCUCAGUAAUUUGGCUUUGGCAGACAUCUGUUUCACCUCCACCACGGUCCCCAAGAUGCUACAGAACAUUUUCUCGCCUACAAAGGCCAUUUCCUACAUGGGCUGCUUAGCCCAGACCUAUUUCUUCAUUUGCUUUGCAGCCAUGGAAAACUUCCUUCUGGCUGUGAUGGCCUAUGAUAGAUACAUCGCUAUCUGCUACCCUUUCCACUACCCUAUGAUCCUGACCAGAAUGCUGUGUUCACAGAUGGUGGCUCUGUGCCAUAUCCUCUCCCAUCUUCAUGCCCUGCUGCACACCUUUCUUAUGGGCCGAUUAAUCUUCUGUGCAGAUAACAAGAUCCCCCAUUUCUUCUGUGACCUCUACCCUCUGAUGAAGAUUUCCUGCUCCAGCCCCUACCUCAACACCCUGAUGAUUCACACGGAGGGUGUUAUUGUCAUCAAUGGAGCUCUGGCUUUCAUCAUUGCCUCCUAUGCCCGCAUCAUCUCAGUGGUCCUCCAGAUCCCCUCGGCCAAGAGCAAAUGGAGAGCUUUUUCUACCUGUGGCUCCCACCUCACUGUGGUGUCUAUCUUCUAUGGCACACUCACAUGGGUCUACUUCCGGCCCCUUACCAGCUAUUCAGUGACUGAGGGUCGCAUUCUGACAGUCAUGUACACAGUGGUGACCCCCAUGCUGAACCCCUUCAUUUACAGCCUGAGGAAUGGGGAUGUCAAGGGAGCCUUCAGAAAAUGGGUGAGCAGAAUGUGGACUUCUUCCUUUAGAUAAAAACCCAAAACACAGUUCCCAGUUUUAUCUAUGAUUCUGGGGAAACAGUUUUGCCCUUUGCAUAUCUGUUUCCUUUAGAACUUCUCAGAAAUAUCUAAAUUAGGAACAUAUUAUGGAUUUUACCAUUGACUGUCCCUUAAUUCCAAAGCACGUGAAACUAUGUAUUUAGUGUAAGCCACUUGUGUAACUUUAAUUAUAAUUGAGAAUGUUUUCUGGUUCUGCCAUUAAACAACAAGGUUGUAACAUUCUUAGAUGCAGGCAACAGAAACCAAUUCUGGUUGAUUCAUGGAGGAAAUGACUUUAUUAAAAGAGUAUGUGAAACUCAUGAAUUUCCAAGAAGGCUAAGCAACCGGGCUCAAUAAAAUAAACAAGACUAAGAAAGAUCAUAUGGUCAUAACCACAAUCAAAAUCAUAUCCUAGAAUUGGUCUGAUGAGGUCACUGCUGUAGACUCUUUUCACUGCCGCGUAUAUCAUCAACAACACUAUCAGUACUAGCCAUUUGCAUAGCCCCUGGAGGCCUGACAAACAGAUGUGACAACCUCCAGAAAGAACUGCCCACUUCUUGUUCUUUGUAACAACACAUCUAGAUUCAAAAUAAGGUGGUCCAUGUGGCUGGCCAAGACUUGGUCAUGGCGUCCAUGCUCUAGUUCUCAAGGAAACCGGGCAAGCAAUAUUGCUGCUUUCAUUAUCUGUAAGUGGGUGAGAGGUUCUACCUCCCACCAAGACAAAUGAAAUGGUGGAACUACUCCAAUAUGGGAAGAGAGACAUAAUGACAAAUAUCUACUAUUUAGGGUCAGGAAUUAAGCACUGUCACAGCUCUCCAACUUGCAUUUUCUUAACCUUUAUUAGCUGCACCAUUCAGGGAUAACUUAAACUCUUUUUGUCUCAGCAUGCUCCUAAUCUUCUCUGUAGCUAAUUUGUGGAACUUGCCUAUAUUACUGGGCAUUUGCCAACUAAUCAGUGCUAGAAAUGAGAAAUGGUCCGAGAGCUAAGAUGUCUAUUAAAAUGUCAAUUCUUUGGUUUCAUGGGUGUUUCCAGUUUCUUUCUUAAAGGAAAAGGUGAGAAGGACCUCCCAGGACAUGGGGCAGAAAUUACAAGGGCAGGCUGAUUUAUAGGCCAUCAGACUGUAGAAAGUUUUCUUGUAGGAUAUGAGCAGUUAUAGCACUGAAUUGAGAAGGAGCUAACAUUGUGGUAAUUUUGUGUAAUGGGAUAGAAGAAUGGUUUCUUGGAACCUAUAUGUAAGUAUUGGUCACCAAUGAAACUGGUUUGAGGAGCUAAACUCCUUGAGUCUUUGACUGCAUCAGGAUAAUAAAUUCUUCCAAGGUAAAGAGGGCCCUGACACUUAUAAAAUGAUAAUAACAGAGAAAUGAAACCAACUUUUGAUUACUUAACUCUGGUUCUUCACACUUUCCAGGAAGUACCUAACAUAUCCAAUAUUUUUCUUCUGGAUUAUACUGUUUUCUUUUACUUUGUCUUUCCUGCCUCCUUGGCCUACCUUCCUCCUUUCUGUGUCUUUAGGUGGCAGUUCCAUGGCUGAUCUCCUUUAUGCUUUACCAAAUGAUUUGCAUCACCUGUUAGCACAGUAGCCUCUUCUAAGAAGCCCCAAAUGCCCCUAUGGAAAGAACUUUCUUCAGGUAAAGAAAUGGACAAGAGAGUAAAUUAAUACAUUAAUAAUUGAAGAACUGGUAAAUGCUAUGGAAAAAUUUUGUAUUUAGAUAAUACACUUCCACUUC